CCCUCCCCGGACACUUCUCACUCAUUCAAGCGUCUCUGGGUUCUCCUCAACACGCCAUGUCAGACGUUACCUUUGUCACUUGAAUUCUCUUUUCUCAUUCCCUACCGAAAGAGACUAAUAAUUUGACAAUCUCGAUUUGAUGACUUGAAACAUGGCAAACAUUGGCAACUUCCAAACCUCUCUGGUUUCAGUCAGAAAUGAAAUCUCGCCUGCUCUCGUCAACGUCAAUCUGGAUAUCUCGCUCUUCCGCGGCAAUCCUGCAGUCGAAUUCCAGCGAGUGGGCUCGGCUCUAACAGCAUGGAGGAGAAAAGAGGCAGAAGACGGCAUCCUGCAUAAAACCGCCUGUCGUCUUGGCUUCCUCUUUAAUGACAUUUUGCCCGAUACUCCUGAGCUACUAAAGGCUAUUGGCAUCCGUGCGUCAGAUAUACUCGACAGUCCGAACAUCAACCCCCAAGGCACAACCCAGGAUGGCCCCUUCAAAGACUUCAUUGGUGCUGAUGGAACAUGCAUUUGGGCUGCCGCGACCUCUACACCCGCGUCUAUUGGGGCGUACCUGCUAGCAUGCAUCCUGGCCCGCGUUUGGGACGCCAAGACAGCAACGUCCAUCUGGGUUGAAUUGAUUCAUGACCGCAAGGCUCAAGUUCAAGCUCUCAUUGACGCCCGUAGACCGGUCAACCCUUAUACUGAGGCCGCCAAUUACCAGGACAUUACCCGAGAUGACCUCGCCAAAUGGGACGCAAGCGCAAGAGCCUGGCUCCGGAGGGCUGACCGCUCCAUGGACCUGAAGCAUAAUCAGUUUACCCUCAUCAUGAACAAUGUGAACACCCCAUUCAUUGAUACUGGAACGAUGUAUGAGAAAGUUACAAGGGCCUGGAUCCGUACAUUGGAGACCAUGGAGAGACUCCUAAACAACAAGCCACAACAAGCAGAUGACAAGCUCGUCUUAUUUGCCAUAUCAUCGUGGCAUCUGUAUCCGAAUCUUCUGGUCUUCCAGAAGGAAACGACUAACGUUGUGUUCGGAGACAAGCUCUUCCACGACUCGGCAGUGCUUAGCUUAGGCCUAGAGUACCGUAUGGACCAGAAAGGGAACUUCAAGACGUGGUCCCUAGCUCUGUCACAUCUUCGAUACUAUGGAAAUCCGGUCAGCGUCAGAAGCGAAGAGUCUCUUGAUCAGCGUAUUACCAGCAAACAAGUAUGGCUCGUGGCUAUGGGGACUACGCUACGCCAGUGGCAAGUCAGCCUAUCAAACGUCGACGACUCCAUUGCCUGGUUCGAGAAACUAGGGAAAGUCAUACAAGAGACCGCGCAACGCAACUCUGUUGAAAUCUCCUGGCUACGUAGAAUGUGCGAUGCAGUCUUGUCGUUUUCAACAAGUUCAGACUCAGAGCAAAAGAUGACAACGGCGCUAGUCAAAUUCGGGCACCGGCGUGCGCUGCAUUUCCUGGGAAGCCAAGGAGCCGUGCGAAAUCCGUACUUUGGGCUUGCGGAUCCCGGGAUGUUUAGAGGCAAAGACAAACACAAGACAAUCGAAGUCGGUUUUCAGUGUCUCAGGAAGUUGGCAGCUCGCGCAAAACUGCGACCAGACCAGACCGUCUUGAGUUACACGGAUCGGACUCUGGAUGGGAUCUAUACGGAAUGGGCAACACUAACACCUCAGGAUGCGUCAGUCACUGGUGUUUCCUAUCGCUCCCACAUUGAGAGGGCCGGAACUCCAGUCAAACGGAACGCUAGGUGGAUUUCCUUCAGACCAGACAAGAGAGCUAGUGGUUUGGAAAAAAGCGACCGCACAUCUCGGCGAGCAAGAGAAAUAUCUCUUGCUGGAGAUGCAUGCAAAGUUGUCUUGAAUACUUCGGACGUUCCGCAAUACCACAAUCAAAAUCAGCAUCAGCACAGCACAAGCUUAAAGACUCCAAAGGACUGGACUUGGGAAAACCCACCACCACUCUUCAAUGAGCCCGGCAUGGUGUUGGACAUGAUUUCUUUCAGUUUCAGUGACAUUCUUGGUCUCGAGUUCGAUAUUCUUGUUGCUAGAGGGCAACGUACUACUCGUGGACUAGAUAUCGCAGACAUGUACCUACAGACAAGCCUACUGUGUCUUGACAAUAGUCCAGAUCCUGAUACCGUCAUGCGCAAGCUUCUGUCCAGCAAUGUCAAGGAAACAAAGGGACAAACCAAACACGGUGCCCAGACCGUUGCGGAACUCCAGCCUCCAUCGAAUACUUCAACCGCGUCGGAAAGCUCGCAAAACUCGCUUCGAAGUGCCCCUCUAGAAUGGCUUGUGUCUCUACGUGCACUGGAGAUAGCCUCGGCUCUUUACGACAACAUGCCAACAGCUACCAUCUCGUUGAGAAUUGUGGAACAAAAGCUUCACAAGGCCCGCUGGCUUCCAGAGUCUCUCAGGAGCGAACAUGUAGGAAGUGCCAACAACGUGUUAUCAACAUCCACUGAAGAAUAUUGUCGAAAUAUGUCUCGUGAGAAUUCACUAGCUUGCAUCGCGAUGUUCGAGUCUGGGAUCUUCAAUAUCAGCACCGAUGAAACGAGGGACGUCAUCGCCAUGAGCUGCGAAGACUCCAUUUUCGUCGCCGGGAUUCUUCUUAGCGACCCGAGAUCAUCAUCACUUGGUAACUUGGGAAUGAACUUCCGACACCUCGUAGGAAACGUAGGCAAGCCAGGCAUGGUUCUAAUGAUUGCGCCACGAGAUCCCAUGAUCCGUGCUCGUAAGUACAACACGAGCAUGAUUCAACACCAGAUUUACGAUGGGAAAAGCCGAGAUAGCUUCCAAGGGACUUCGCUUCAUCUAUCAUUCACGGAUUGGAAAUUGCCUCUUGGGUCAGUGGAUGGCCGUGGGCAAACUGGACAGAUCGACAACGAGGUCGUCCUGAUAGAGUCAGUCAUCGCUGUUCAACAGGAUGGUCAAUGGGUUGCCGACAUCGAUGUCCUGCAGAUUGAAAGGGCGGGUCUGACUACUGUCGACGAUUUCGAGUGUAUCUGUGAUCGCGGUGACUUACCCGAAGUCGACAUUGUUACGCUAGACUCUUGGGAAGAGCUUCUAGACCCCCCAGCGUCACCGGCCAUCAUGAGAGCAAACAAGAACUGGGCGGCAAGACUCGCCGCCGCGUCAAUCCUGACUCAACAGGGCCACAAUCAUUGUUUGGCUGUCCUUGGGGACGAUUCUAUUUGUUGGAGAUGCUUGAAUGAGGCAUACACAGACCCUGAACCUCAUUUCCCAAACUUCAUCAUUCACUAGCGAAGGGCCUAGUCCUCAUCCCCUAGAAUAAGUAGGGAGUCGGCUGUGAAAUGAAUAAAAUAUCAUUAAUUAGCCUGAGAUGCUUCAUGUACAUACUUAUAGUACCUGUCAUUACCACCAAAACGGUUCUCAUUGACUCCUAACAAAGAGUAUGUUCUUAAAUAGGACCCAGAGAGAAAGAAACUCUAUAUGCAUGUGUUCAAACUUUCUUCCAUCAUCCUUUCAGAAGUCUGUCCUAGCAG